GUGAGAGCCGGGUAAAGUCCAGCCAGCAUCACUCAGGCGCUGAGAUUCACAAUGAAUGAUUAACAUCACAAAAGCCUCUCCGCACCUCCACGCUGUAGAACAAAAGAGCCGGAUUCAUUGGCCAGUGUCACCGGCUUGCUCUUGUGUCUUCCAUCGGAGUCUCCAUCAAGGGCUGGGAGUGGCUGCUGUCUUUGUGAGAGCAGAGCGGGGAAGCCCUCGGGUGAGCGGCGGAGGAGAGGAGAGCAGAGAGGCCAGCGUUCACACCCUGAGAUGCUCUGCAGGCUGGAGGAGGAAGAGGAGAUGUCUCUACUGGAGCUACAGCAGAGGGUGGACUGUAUCAUCACCCAUGUUGAUGAGAUUAUGCAGCAGGAGAUCAGGCCGCUACUGGCUGUCGACAUAAUCGAACAACUUCAUAGGCAGUUUGCGCUUCUUUCAGGAGGAAGAGGAAAAGAUGGAUCUCCCAUCAUCACCUUCCCAGAGUUCUCAGGAUUUAAUGAAGUGUCUGAUGAGGAUUUUGUUAAUGUUGUCACAUACCUGACCAGCAUACCAAGCAUGGAUGCUGCUAGCAUUGGCUUCAUCAUCAUCCUGGACCGCAGGAAGGACAAAUGGAACUCAGCAAUCACUUCUCUGGCACGGAUAGCGGGCUGCUUUCCAGGAAAUCUCCAGCUUGUUUUGGUUCUGAAACCCUCACGUCUCCUCCAGAGGGCCAUCGCUGAUGUCAGUAUGAGGUUACAUAGGGAUGACUUCAAAUUGAAGGUACCGAUUGUUAUGCUAAAUUCCCUGUCAGACUUGCAUGGCUACAUUGACAAAGGCCAGCUGACCUGCGAUCUUGGGGGAACCCUGGACUACUGCCACAGUCAAUGGAUUCACCAUCGCACAGCCAUUGAGAACUUUGCAUUAACGGUGAAGAGCACAGCACAGAUGCUGCAGCAGUUUGGAACUGACCUGGCAGAAACCGAACUUCCCAAUGACGUGCAGUGCACCAAAGAUUUGCUCAUCACACACACCGAAAAACACGAUAAGCUCAAGGAUGAGCUGAAAUUGGCUAUAAAGCAAGGAAAUACUCUGCUGUCCUGUAUCAAAGACCAGGCCAGCAAAACCGAGAGCCACAUUUUGAACCCGGAUGAGGUAGAGAACCAAACAACUGCUGAGAGGUUGUUAGCGCAGCUCGAUGAGACGGAGAAUGCGUUUGAACAGUUCUGGUCGAGGCAUCACCUCAAAUUAGAGCAGUGCUUACAAUUACGGCACUUUGAGCAGGACUUCAGAGAGGUGAAAGUUUCUCUGGACGGCCUGACAGAGACCUUGCUGGGCCUGUCUGACACAGGGGACUGUGUGGCUCAGGUGGAACAUCUACUGGGGGAUCUGAAAACUUUGGAGGACAAAGCUCAGGAGUCUUUGGAGAAAGCUCAGCUUCACGCUCAGCAUGGUGACCAGCUCAUUCAAAGUAACCACUAUGCCGUGGACUCCAUCCGGCCGAAGUGUGUCGAACUGCGGCGGAUCUGUGACGACUUGAGCAAUGAGGCCAAAAAGAAACGUGACAUUCUGACCAAAUCACUUGAAAUCCACAAACGAAUCGAUGAGGUGAACCAGUGGUGUGAGAGUGGAGUGUAUCUGUUGGCCUCUCAGGCUGUAGACAGAUGUCAGACCCAGGAAGGUGCAGAAGCAGCGCUGCAGGACAUCGAGCGGUACAUGAAUUCAGCCAAAGAGCAGCAGCUCAGUCACCUCAAAGACCUAAGCAACCAGUAUGAGAUCGUCCUCUCAGAGUGGGUCAAGGGCAAAGCUCAAACCGCUCUGAAAAGGCUGGAUAACGUUCAAGAGAUGUUUGAGAAAAGACACGCGAGUCUGAAAAAGCUUUCUGCAAAGCAAACAAGGCCAGUGCAACCAGUUGCACCUCGACCAGAAUCUUCACCAAAACGCACUUUACCUAAAAUCCCACAUCACACUGCACCUACAUCAAAUCGCAAAGCUACUGAAAACUCCUGCCCCAGUAAGCAGCCCAGUGACGCAGAGCUGGCAAAAAGGAAGAAUAUUCGCAAAGCCAAAGGUGGCAUCAAGAUUGAGGUCAUGCAUGAAGGAGGGCAAGGGGGUUCGAGUCUUGUCCUCAUGAACAAUGAAACAGAAGAGUCGCUUUCAAACAGACGCAGCCACAUAAUGAAUGAAUUGAUUGAGACGGAGAGGCUGUACGUGGAAGAGCUGCAGAGCAUCAUAGAGGGAUAUGCCGCUGCACUGGAUGACCCCGAGCUGAUCUAUUUGAUCCCUCCAUCUUUGGAAAACAAGAAGGAAGUACUCUUUGGAAAUCUGCCUGAAAUCUACGUAUUUCACCAGAAGACUUUUCUCAAAGAGCUAGAAAAUUCUGUGGAAAAGCCGGAGUUAGUAGGAACAUGUUUUUUGAAGCGGAAGGAAGAGUUACAAAUUUAUGAGAAAUAUUGUCAGAAUAAGCUGCGAUCGGAGGCUUUGUGGCGGCAGUGUGGGGACAGUAUGUUCUUUCAGGAGUGUCAAAAAAGGUUGGACCACAAGCUUUCAUUAGAUGCGUAUCUGCUAAAGCCUGUGCAGAGAAUCACCAAGUACCAGCUGAUGUUAAAGGAGAUGCUGAAGUGCAGUAAGAACUCAGAGGGCACCGCAGAACUGGAGGAAGCUCUGGCCACAAUGCUGGAUAUCAUCAAAUCAGUCAAUGACUCCAUGCAUCAGAUCGCCAUUACUGGUUUUGAGGGCAAUCUGAAUGAUUUGGGAAAACUGCUCAUGCAGGGAUCAUUUAAUGUUUGGACAGACCACAAGAAAGGUCACAGUAAAGUGAAGGACUUGGCACGCUUCAAACCCAUGCAGAGACAUCUCUUCCUCUACCACAAAAUGCUUUUGUUCUGCAAGAAACGUGAGGAGACAUCUGAUGGCCAUGAGAAAUCCCCCUCCUACAGUUUCAAACACUCAUUAAAGAUGAGCUCGGUGGGAAUCACAGAAAAUGUAAAGGGAGAUAUCAAGAAGUUUGAAAUCUGGUACAAUGGUAGAGAGGAAGUUUACAUUGUUCAGGCCCCUUCGAUGGAAGUGAAGAACACGUGGGUGUCAGAGAUCCGCAAAGUCUUAACAAGCCAGCUGGAAGCCUGCCGAGAAGCCAGUCAACUCCAUCAGAAGAUUACAGAGAACAUCUACCAUGCUCCUAUGAGAAAUAUGCGCAAAACAGCUCUCCGGCAGUCUGACUCUUCCAGUCCUGAAACAGGCUACAGGCGUGGUGAUACAGGCCCAAAUAUGCGUCAAAAACGAGCUGACGCUUCCGUCAGCCUCGGCUCGGAGCGAUCUGCUCUCGCUAGAAAGCGCUUCACCUUACAGGGCUUGUCAAACCGCAGGUCUCUCCCCGCAGAACCCACACCUAAGGAGACAGAGGUCACACGCCGCUUUUCUUUAGCCUCAACUGUCAGCUCCUCCUCUGCACCGCGCAAUAAAGUUCCUCUCUCCUCUAGCCUUAAGAGCAAGAGGCAUCAGAUCAAGAGCGACCCUACACCAUUCGGCUAUGAAGACACCAUGCGAGGUGCACUUCCCGCUGAGAGCAAAAGUAAAGGUACUGCCGGUACCAAGCCCGCUGUGCCGAGGUCUGCGUCUCAACCAGGAUGGAGUCAACGGCGUCUGCCAUCAAUGGACGCUGAGGAUUUUGAGACCAUUCCAUCAAGUGCUGAAGAACUCUCCAUUUCCUCAGAUGGAGAGGAUGAAGGACAUAACAAAAACGGGGAUAAUGAUCGCUAUCAGGUGCAGCUGAUGUAUGAGUCAGGUACUGCUCAGGAAAUUUCCAUUGAGGAAGGAGAUUUAGUACAGUUCCUAGAAGAGUCGGAGAACGGCCACUGAUAUUUUCAGUGACCUCUGCACCGCUGCCCUCACCGAUACAGAGGAGGCAGAUGACAGCACCGGGCCGCAUUCUGCUCAGGACGGCAGAUUUGCAUGCUGAACGCACCGUGAUGCUUAUACACCAUACUCGACAACAGCUCGAUAUCUUUUGUAAUACUACACAGACAUCUGCUCCACUGAAGGAAUAGGUGAACUGACCGAUCAGAACGGAUUCCACGUAACAUUGACAACAUUCUGUAGUCGUGAGUCAGAAAUUCAGCAUGCAGCCUUCGUUCUUUCCCUCUGCUGUGUCUUAGCAGCAAACGCAGAGGCAUUUGAAAAGAAAUAUCCGGAUCUCUGUGAACGCCGGACACUGAUAUCUGCACUGAGGCUGCCAUUUGAAAACACUGAGAAGAAGAGACUCUAGACCUUUCUGUCCUGCUGAAACUUUCACUGAAAUGCUUAAAGGGAUCGUUCGCCCAAAAAUGAUCAUGUUAUUCCAAACCU